AUGGACUAUCCAGAGAUGGCAAAUAUGGAUUUCUGCGAGGUAAUCGUCGAAUGUAUUAAGGAAGGAGCCAAGAUAUGGCAGAAACAUAGAAAUUUGCCUCAGGAAGAAAAGAACAAAAAGCAUGUCAAUGGUUCGGCACAGGGGCCAGUAAUCAUGUACCUCGACUCCCUACUGCUGCCAACCGGCACAAAAGAAAUGCGGAAGAUUGCAAAGAUAAUGGACAAGACCUCAUUACCACAAGCAAACCAUCUCAAAGAGAGUGACCUAGCGAAAAUAGAUAGAGCAGACAUGAAAAGGGACGGAAAAGCACGACCAGAUGACUAUGAAUUUGGCAAAAUACAGGCACAAGAAGCUCAAGAAACCAUCAACAAUCAAGACCAUCAAACACAACCAGAGGAGCCCAAUGAACAACCCGAACAUGUUCUUCAAACGAUAGACAAUAAUGCCAGUGAAGACCAAGCCACAAAAAAUUUACUCACCAAACAACAGCUACAAGAAAAAAACAAGGUCAGUGACGAUGAACAGCAAAAUAAAGAGCAACAGAAGGACCCAAAACCACCACUGAACGAAAAAUCAGCAGUAACAACAACAAAUACAGAGAGAGAGGAGACCAAUGAGCAAAAGGAGGACACUGAAGAAGGGCAACAUGUUCUUCAAAAGGCAGUCAUCAACAAACACGAAGAAGGCGACCACGGAGAUACAAGCAAUGAAGCAGGCACACAGAUUGUUCCAGAGAAAGAAGCAGAAACCAUCGAAGAAAACCCUACACCGUCAUACGAUGCCAAUUCCCCUGGCAGAGAGGUCAGUGCCAACCAGGUCGAGACUGAAAAACAAGACGGAAAAGACCACCAGCAACACACGACGGUUGACAAGGAAAAACAUGAUGCUAAGAAAGACACAAACGACUCAAAUGAGGAUGCAGCAAAAACUGAACAAAACGGCACAAUGGAGAAAGGGGACAAAGAUAGUGAUUCCGUCAACAAAGCCAUCGAAGACCUGUACAACGCUGUAUGCAAGCCAUGGACACAGAGAGAAAUGGAUGAGCUUUUCAUUACAACGAACAAGUUUGAUGUCAAUCUAGGCCAUGUCGCCGAAAGCUUCAAGGUCGAUAUGCUGAAGUAUGAAGUCGAUAUGGGAGACAAAGAAAUGCAACAGACAGAAUGUUGCGUACUAGAAGAGUUUCCGCCAAAUCCCGGGCCAAAAGAACAUAUUAUGCAUGCGACAACCACAAAAGAGCAUGAAGUUAUUGAUAUAUCUAGUAAACACAAAGAGGUUAUGGAUGUCAGCAGACACGCCAUCGCCCAAGAAUCUUGCACAGACCACGAAGAAAAGGAUCCACCAGUAGAACCAGAUCAACCACCACCAGACGACAAGAUACCACACCAUGCUGAAGAGCAAACGGACGAGCAAAAUAUCAACAGCAAUACCCCGAGCACAGAGCAACUUGAACAAACAGGCACUGAUUUAAAAGAGGAUGGCACAAGCAACAACGCACCAAAUACACAAGAACAGGUUUCCGAGCAGAAGAAACAACAUGUUCUUCUUCAAGAAGAAACAGGCUCGACAAGCAAUCAGCAAGGCACCUCCAGCACCAUCUCUCUAGAGUUCCUAAAACCCAAAACAAUGGAAAAGCACGACGAAGUUGAUGAAUUUCUUUCAAGCCUUAACCCGCUCCAACUAGAGGAAUACAACGAGCAUGUAAAGAUGGGCGUUGGAUUCGAUGUAAUCAAAACAUGGCUGAAUGACCAUGAAAGCUAUGAAUUCAACAAAGAUCCCAUGCCGUAUCUGACAAUCUUGCAGCAAGAAUCAGGAGAACAUUCAAUGCCUCAAUCAUCUGAGAACAGCUCAGACAAGAAAAUCUCAGUCAAGAAGAGACCGAUCGUGCUCGGUGUUAAAAUUGGAGAAAAAGGAGGACUAGCAGAAUUCAAUGAGGACGAAGCAUUGAAACAGUUUGCACCCCUUGUAACAGAGAAGGAACUUUUAAAGAAAAAGCUGAUUAUGAUACCUCACAACACAGCUAAACACUACACACUGUACGUGCUCAACAAGUACACACAAGCUCCAUCGACAUACUUGACUCACUUAAUUACAGAGACGGAGACGGAAAGAAUACAUGGAAAGCACACCAUAAGGAUCACCCAAAACUGUUUGCAGCAUAUAUUGGAUUUAAAGGAACACAAAACUACUAUUAAAAAAAUUAAAAAUGAAUUGCAAAAAAGAAAGAAUCAGCUGGUUCCCAUGUAUCUCAAGGAAAAUCAACGGAAAAAGCUCUCAACAGCAAACAUGAUAUUCGUUCCAAUGGAGAAGCAUGACCGCUAUGUACUAUAUGUGCUGGACAAAUACAAACACAAAGUUCACAUUAUUGAUCCUCGAGAAACGACUCCAGAGGAAUUUGAGAAAGAAAAGAUAGACAUGGAUAAAUUGGAUCUAAAAGAAGCAUCUCGAGUUCUUCAGGAAAAUGAAGAUGCUAAAAAAGAAAGAGAAAGACAGUUUCAGGAAUAUCAUGUUCAUAAGUCAGCAAUCGUACCUAGGUUUAAAGAAGUCUUCAACACCAUACUAGGACAAACAAUGAAUGACAAGGGUACAAGAUGGCAGAUUCAUACCGUGCAAGAUGUUCCAGUGGUAGAAAAGGGAGAAUCAACAUUUGCUGUUUUAAAGCUUGCAUUCCUCUACAAUGGUAAAAAGUUUGUCGAAGACCUGCAAGAUUUGACAGAUGAGGUCGAAGACUGGAGGGCACAGGCAAUGUACAUUCUCUUAAGUAGCGAGAUGAAUCAAGUCAAAGCUAGUGAAAUGGGUGACGAGAUUAGCAAGAUCUUGAGCAAAAAUGAAGACUAA